AUGCUGGGAACCUUCCGUGAUGAUUAUUAUUUAUACAUCGUCAUGGAGUACGUCAUAGGAGGAGAAUUUUUCAGCGUCUUGCGGAAAAAUCGGCGCUUUGAGAACGACGCUGCGCGAUUUUAUGCAGCUCAAGUUACCACCAUCUUUGAAUAUCUCCACGGCCGCAACAUCAUCUACAGGGAUCUGAAGCCAGAGAAUCUGUUGGUGGAUUCGGAGGGAUAUUUAAAAUUAACAGACUUUGGCUUUGCAAAAGUUAUCGAGACGCGCACUUACACUUUGUGCGGUACUCCUGAGUAUAUUGCCCCUGAGGUGCUCUUGAAUAAGGGUCAUGGGAAGCCCGUAGAUUGGUGGACAAUGGGUAUAUUAAUUUAUGAAAUGAUUGUGGGGUAUCCGCCUUUCUUUGAUGAUGAGCCAAUGGGCGUCUAUCAGAAAAUAUUAGGAGGCCGCAUUGUCUUUCCUAAGUCUUUUGAUAGAAAUGCAAAGAUGCUCGUAAAGCGUCUGCUUACCCCUGACUUAACAAAGAGAUACGGUAAUUUAAAGAACGGCGUUGCAGACAUCAAAGAACACAAAUGGUUCGCUGGCUUCGACUGGAGUUCUUUGAUGAAAAAGCAGCUCACUCCUCCUUAUAAACCCGUAUUUAAGGCUAUGGAUGAUACCUCCAACUUCGACACAUACCCAGAGUCAACAGAACAACCCCCGCCAGUUACAGGCAUGAUGGAUCCCUUCACUUCGUGGUGUACAGACACCGUGAGCAAGUUGAAGAGGAAAGCUGUUCGUAUUAGAGAUCCUGAACUAUGGGAGCGACUAACAGCUUCUCUUCCUGCUAUCGCGAAAGCAGCUGCAGCGCCUGAGGCGGAGCUUACGCUUUGCUGCUUCUCUUCUAUUCUGAAGACAGGAGAAGGCAGGGAGAGUGCUGCUGCUCUCGUUUGCUGCUGUUUACCGCACAUUGCAACAGCGCUGCGGCUGCUGCCGCCAACGCAUGCGCUGCUGCCUGUGCUGCUGCAAGCUGUUCUGGAUUGCUAUCAAGUGCAGCAGCUGAGUCCUCAUGUGCAGCAGAAUAUGAAGCUGCUGCUGCAGCUGGGGGAGAGCUUUCAAUCAAUAUUUGCCUCCGAUGCAGCAAAGGCAGAGGUGCAGCAGCUCGCGCUGCAGCUGCUGCAGCACUUAUUCAUUACUCUGCCGCAUGCAUGCAAGGAUGUCUUCAUUGAGGAGAUCUGCAUCGUUGAUUGGCUGCUUGAAGCAGCAAGGAACGGGAAGCCGAUUGCACGAAAAGGCGUGCAGUGUCUGCAGCAGCACGUAUUUAAUUCUCCUGCUUUCUUGCAGCAGCACCACCUAGACGCAAGCGCUCCCACGCAGCAAAUGCAAAACGCGACGCCGGACUUUGAAAUAAUUUCGAUUUCUCUUUUGCUGCUUAGCAACGGGGCAGCAGCAUCUGUGCAACAGCUGCUUAUAACGUCUUCCGUCUCCUCUUUGGUUCGUUGA